ACUCUUCCGUCUGAACCAUUAAUUCAUUGGAUCUUCUUUCCAUGCAGUAAUUUCUGACGCUGCAUCUGUUUUUCCUUUCCUUUUUAUUUUUUCUAUUUUUUAAUUUCUAGCUCUCCUUGACUCCAGUUUUAUUUAUUUUUCUGCUGCGGUUUUUCGAUUGAUUUGUUUUUGUCAUUUUAUUAUUACCCUGUUGGCAUUGCACAUUACUGUCCUUCCCUUUACAUCACUGACACAUCUUCAAGAGGUACCAGACCUCUUGUGGCAACUUUUGGUCAUUUGCUCUGGUAGCAAGUGCGACACUUUCUUCUUUCCCUUCAUCUGGAUGCGAUUACUGUCCGGCGGUUUUUGCGCCGGCGUUCUGUGAGAGCUGUAUACCUGAAAGGGUGUCGCCUUUCAAGCGCAGGUCUGUACUGAAGUCUGGAUUCAUCAUGCCCGUUCAGACCAGUCCACCGUCAGUACCGGAUUCAUUCCCAUCCUUUAUGUCAGUGUUUGGUGGGAGACCAUCCAGCAUUACCGACAAAGAGGAGCAGACGGCAGCAGUAAAACCUCUUGAAGUGCCCACUAAUGUCACCAUUAACACGUCGCGACGCCCCCUUCCUUUUAAGCACCGUGAGAGCAUCUCGUCGAUGACAUCAGCGUCUACUGAUUCUUCGCCGACCACCACCAUCUCUACCUUCGAUUCGCCUUCCGGCCCAGAGACAUCCCCCAGCUCUUCUCCGGAAUCUCCGACGUCCAUGCCACUGUCGUAUACCAAAUUCAUGCCCCCCCCGCGCAAUAUCGAGAGCCACUCGCUCUCGACAGCCCACAACAACCUUUCCAGAUUGUCGUCCGACACACCGAAUCCUGUGCGCCCGGAUUCUCCCGGCAGGCGGGCACGAAACCUGAAGAAUUUAUCCUUGAGAAUGCCUCCGCCCUCACAGUCUUCCCGGCCCCCAAUUGCGACAGCAUCCAUCGUUGAAACAACCUCUCAACACCAUUUGUCCGCGCCACCGUCGCCAGUACACAUCCCUCCCAAAAGCUCACGCCGAAAACCGGCAAAUCUCACCAUCCGGACUCCCGGCUUUGAUAGAUCGUUUUCUAGCAAUAUCUCUGAAGUCCCUCCUACCCCACUCUGCCGGCAACCUUUGCGACAUACCGAAUCCUCACCAUCUCUAAACUCGGUCUUCUCCCCUUCAUUUGGUCCCAAAGGUGGCAUGCAAUUACCUAGGCCCAUGACCCAUCAUGGCAGUCGACGACCAUCGGCUUCGGAGGAUAAUCCAUCACCUUUGCAGCCAGUCCCCGAUGAAAACUCAGUUUCUGGCGGUGUGCUCCAUGAAUUGGAGGAGGAAGAUGAUCACCUAGACUCGAGAGAGUCUACUAGACGCAAUGAGCGGGGUUAUCCGAAUGGGCCUAUCCAAAUCUACGACUCCGGAGUCUACUUGUACUUGGAACCGACAGUACAAGAAGCGUCCCAGUUUGAUGUUGUCGUCAACGUGGCCAAGGAAGUAGUAAAUCCCUUCACUAACACAACUGCCAACAACGAAUCUGUCAUGAGUGUCCUUCGGAAUACAUCCACGCAUCCCAAGGCGGCGCCGACCGAAGUCCCAGAAACAGCCAUGUCAGAUAUUUCCUUCAAAUCCGCCUUUGAGUACCCCCCGAAUGAGUCGUCGCCUGGUACACCUCGCAGCGACGCAUCAUUUAAGCCGGAAUACAUCCAUGUGGGCUGGGACCAUAACUCAGAGAUACUCGAUGAUCUCUACCCCCUCUGCGAGCUUAUUGAUUCCCGCAUUUCACAAGGGAAAAAGGUCCUUGUUCACUGUCAGUUGGGUGCCAGCCGAUCCGCUUCGCUGGUUAUCGCAUAUGGUUUAUACAAAAACCGAGACCUGGAUUUCAACUCCAUGUACGAGAUUGUCAAGGGGCGGAGUCGCUGGGUGGGCCCUAAUAUGAGUCUUAUCUACCAAUUGACAGAUUUCCGUUCCCGGUUGCUCCGGGGUGGCCCUUCAAAACCGGCGCCUGAGGAGUGGUUUGCGGAAGGACUUCGGAGGGGCUCUGAACCGCAACCAUCCCGAACAGAGGCGCUCAACCAGCCCGAAAUCGUGGCACCAGCUGGACCAGCUUCAUGCGCUGGUUUGUCGCAGUCCUCGACGAGCUCACUCUCAGUGCCUUCGACAAUCCAGACAACGCCUACUUCUGCUGAAAGUCUAAGCUUUCCUAAAACCCCUUCAUAUAAGGGAAGCCUAUGCCCGCGGCCAUUGACCCUGCGGAAGUCAAGCUUUCAAGUGGGCGACUCAGCAGUACGAUCGAUUCGUCCAGAGUCCGUAUUAAAUUCAUGGCGCCCGGAGAGCGGGCCUUACUCAUUAGCAAAGACCGACAUCUUCGUACGGGAUGGUCCAGCAGAACCGCCUGCUCUCUUCUCACCUAGGACUACCGGUUUUCUAGCGGCACCGAUGUCACAGUCGAUCUCUAGUCAACUGGAGAAUAAUGGGCUACAUGGUCUCCGGUUCGGGUCGCGGAUAGCGGAUCCUCGGUCUCCUCCCCCAGGAAACGAGCGCCUGAUCAUGAGAAAUAUUGACGAAUUUUUAUAAUUCUUCUGGUUUGAUGUUUUUAAGACGGAGUUCGCUCAGGGUCGUCCCUGAGGACACGUCCUUGAAAUGAUUGCAUGACUCUUUGACAUGCCCAGUUGAGGCUCACUGUCGUU